AAAGCAUGAUUCUCUGUUCCAAACGCUCCCGCGCCGGGUGCAUGUACCGCCCAAUCUUACGGUGCCUCAUCGUCAAUUUUGUGUUAACCUCUCGUGUGCAUUUUUUAUCGUGGGUUUUCGGAAACACAAAGCGCGUCUCUUCAUCCUGAAAUAUCGAGUACAUGAAGAUAAAAAAAACGAGAUUUUUCCCCACUGUCACUGGCGAGGUCUUCGGCUUCAUGCAAUCGCAUUCUGUCGCUGCUUCGUGGAGCACGGAGAUAGCCCUCACUUCAUGCGAGUACGGCAACGUUUGUGACAGUCUUUGCAAAGCGACCAGUGGUUGGUCUACCUACGCUCCAAGGCUCUACUGUGAACAUAUGUUUUACUCGUGUUGGCAUAAUGUGUAUGGAGACCAAAAGGGCUGCGAAGACCGAAUCCCUAUCCACAUGAAGGGAGGCAGGUCCUUGAUGACACCACACCCUCAUUUAGUAUCCACAGUGUACCCAGAUCAAGCCACAGCAGCAUCCUGCACGCACAGCUACAGAAAACCGCAUGCUGCAUCCUGUAACUAUCAGGGGAUCACCUGUACACAGUGUGGAAUGGGGGACCCAGGACCUGGUGGAGGCGCAUCGGGCGAGGUGGUCGGCGGACGGACGCGCAAAAGAAUCCUCGACCCUCUGGAGUUCCAUGAGGACGACAACAAUGCCAGGCGGCCGGGCAUCUCUGACUGGCAGGAGACCCUAAAGAGCAUAGGUGUGCCGAACAAAAAGGGAUUCAUCACAAUGGAAGGUGGCCAUCAGAAGCAGUGGGAGUUGGAAGACAUUGACCAAGGUCUGGCUGCGGAUUUUGAUGACUCCCUGUCUGGGCUUGGAGUUGAUAUAAGCACUGCUUCAUACAACAUGAGUGAAGCGCUGCUGGCACUACCUGCUGUGCCUAUCUUCAAGCAGGAGGCUCUGUCACCCUCUGGCCAGGAUAAGCAUAAUACAUCAUCAAACCCUGCAACGUUUGAUGAAUCUUCACAGAGCAAUACAACAGAUAGACUGUUCAGGCUCUUGAGUUCCGACAAUUUGACAGAUUGUCCCUCGCCAUCCAUCCAUCAGCUUCUGCAGCAACACAUAACCCCCGGCAUUACGCAGGGAACCACCUCUCACGUGACAUCCCACGGUGCAUCAUCCUCCGCAUGCCUCCAAACUUGCCAUCACUCACAGCAAUCAACCGUCCAGAAUAACACUUCGGAUUCUACCCAGGAAUCUGUCACUCUCUCCAAUCAUGGAAUGUCAUAUGAAGAUAAUAGAUUUCAAUAUAUUUUGGGUGCUGCAACAUCAGUAGCUACAAAAGUGAAUGAAGAAAGCUUAUCGUACCUGAAUCAAGGCCAGUCUUAUGAAAUCAAAGUAAAGAAAUUAGGUGAUCUCACAAGAUGUAAAGGAAAGUUUUAUCACACCAUAAUCCGUGUCUGUUUUCAUGAGCGGCACUUGCAGUACAUGGAGAAAGAACAGCUGGAAAGCUGGAGACACAUGCGACCUGGAGAGAGAAUACUGGAGGUUGAUAUUCCAUUGUCUUAUGGUAUAUGUGACGUUGCACAAGAUCCCAAAUCAUUAAACAUGUGUGAGUUUGAUUGGGAUCCGACGAAAGAAGUGGGAGUGUAUAUAAAGGUCAACUGUAUCAGCACAGAGUUUACUCCCAAGAAGCAUGGUGGAGAGAAGGGAGUUCCAUUUAGAAUUCAGGUGGAGACCUAUUCUAAAACUGAGUGUGGACAAGAACAGCUUCAUGUCUGUGCCUGCCAGAUCAAGGUGUUCAAGUUGAAAGGAGCUGAUAGAAAGCAUAAGCAAGAUAGAGAGAAGAUAUCAAAGAGACCACAUUAUGAACAAGAGAAGUAUCAGCCCUCUUGUGAAUGUACUAUCCUAACAGAGCUAUCUCCAGAGGCUGUCUAUGUACCUGCUGCUGAAUCCUCAGCCUCCACUCCCAGCUCAAACGCAGGUCUAAGAACACAGAGUCCAGCAUCUGUAUUAAAAAAUGAAUCAGGUGGCAUAGAUCAAACAAAAUUAGAAAAUGGUGUCCCAACAGACCAAGAAGAAGACCAAGAAAAUCCGGUAAGGAAGAGAUUUCCAAUUACAAGUGACGUGUCUUUCAAGGGGAAAAUUAAAAACCGCAAAAUGUGUCUUUUGGCAAAGAUACACAACAACACUCCUCUCUCUGGUUCAAGAAUGAAUAUUUAUUUUGUCAUUGGUCAAUACCUGUGAUUGUUUGAGAGGAGCAUAUAGAGAGGUUAUUGGUCCACUGAUGCUUUGCAGAGACAAUGAGGAGUAUUAUGAUAAACUUUUUUUUUAUUUUUUAUUCAUUUUUUUAUUUAUUUUUUAUUUUAUUAUUAUUUUUUUCAACUAUUAUUUUCUUCCUGUGCAUGGGAAUAGAAUGUGAUGAUAUUACUAUAUAAUUAUUGUUAUUGCUGUUGUUAUAUUGUCCUUCUUGUUCUUUAACCCUUUGACUGCAUCAAUUGACUGUGUCACAAGUGUAAACAAUUAUUCAUGACACAUUGGGUGACCACUGUACACAGCUUUGAAAAACAGGAAGGCCAGGAGCUGCUGUGUCCAGAGGGGGACCUCCUAAGAUGAACAAAGAUGUUUACUAAUGUUAUGACUGAUAUAUAGUUACAACAUGUCUUUCACAAUAGAAUAAUGAGUUCUUUUUUUUUUAAUAGAAGAUGGUUUUCAGUCAUUCACAUGCUCUAGGAAAUUGUUUUUAGUAAACUGUGAAGACCCUUAGUUGCUCUGGAUGCAAAAGUAGGUAUUAAAAGGUAUAUAUUUCAAUUUUUUCAUUAAGUAAAGCCACAGUUUUCAUAAGAAGUCACCUUUUUGAGCAUUUUCCCGGUCAAGAAUAGAAUCUUUACCUUUUUUUUCUCCAAGAAAAGUAGCAGUAAUGGUCUCAUUAUCACUGUUUUUUUUAUAUAUUUAUUUAUUAUUAUUAUUAUUAUUAUUGUUAUUAUUAUUAUUAUUAUUAUUAUUAAGAUGCUAUGGAAUCCUAGACUGCAGUCAAAGGGUUAAACACCUAAUUUUUCUUCUUCAUAUUCUUAAUCUUCUUAUUGUUAUUAUUACCAAUAAUAUUAUUGAUAUGUUAUUGGUAUGCCUUUAUUCAUAUUAUUUUCCUUCUUCCUGUCUGACUAAUAAUAGUUUCAUAAUAGAGUUGAGAUUAAUUAUCAAAGUACUAUUUCAAUCUUUAUUAUGGGUAUUUAUUAUAUAAAAGAAUGAUUUAUAUUUAUUAUUGCUAUAAAUGUUAUUAUUGAUUGUUUGAUUGUUGUUAUUAUUGAUACUAUUAUGAAUGAUAUUGUAAUGCUUCGUAUUAGACAAAGUUCCAUAUAUUUUGUUGUUAUUUGCACACAGAUUCACAUAUAUAUUUUGGUCCACAUACCCACAGAAACAAACAUGCUCAUGUGAUAAAAACACACACACACACACACACACACACACACACACACACACACACACACACACACACACACAAACAAACAAACAAACAAAGAGAUAAUAUAUUUAACCCUCUUUUGGUGCAGUGGGGUGUGACAUAACCGAAGUGAUGAUUCCUUACCAUUAUUAGACCUUUGCCAGCAUUCAAUACAGCCACUCUCUCACCUAAAAUUUUCAAGGAAUCUCCACAAGGUGACGCAUAAACCUGCUAACCAGCAGGCCAUAGAGGGAAUAGAUGUACAAGAAUUGUGCCUUUUAGAUGUUUAUGUAUGUGAAUAAACUUUUGUAUAUGCCUAUUCAACUUAGUAAAUUUGAUAAAUAAAUAGACAAAACA